UCUUUCUCCACGCAUACUUUCUCUCAAUAAUGGCAGCAUCUGCAAAAUACCAAUACAAGAAUCUGAGAGUUCAAGUCGUUUCUGAUGGCGUUGCCCACGUAGAGCUACACCGCCCUGAACGGCUCAAUGCAAUCAACGAAGCCCUAGUUGAAGAUAUUCGUGUAUGCUUCAAUGACCUUGGCAAAGAUUCCAGCAUCCGUUGUAUUAUUCUAUCGGGAUCUGGCCGUACUUUCACAGCUGGUCUUGAUUUCAAAGAUAACUUUUUGCUCAAGGAGGAACCUGCUGUCGAUGUUGCCAGAAGAGCUUACCACAAGCGGUUUCAUAUUGAAUGGUUCCAAAGCGCCAUGUCUGCACUUGAAAAGUGCCCGCAACCAGUCAUUGUUGCCAUGCAUCAGGGAGUUUAUGGCGUCGCUGUUGACUUGUGCACUGCUGGUGACAUUCGCUAUGGUACCAAGGAUUCCUUCUAUACUGUUAAGGAAGUAGAUAUGGGGUUGGCUCCAGAUGUAGGUACUUUGCAGCGUUUGCCCAAGGUAAUCAACAGCGAAAGCUUAGCGCGUGAAUUAUGCUUCACAGGACGCUUGAUGUAUGCCGACGAAGCUUACAAAUGUGGUCUCAUUAGUAGAAUUUUCGAAAACAAGGAGCAAAUGAUUGAGGCCGCUUUGGAGACAGCUCGUAUAAUUGCCAGCAAGUCGCCUGUUGCCGUCGUCAGCUCCAAACAUCUGUUGAAUUAUUCCCGCGAUCACAGCGUCGACGAAGGCUUACAAUACACCGCCGUUUGGAAUAGUGCCAUGUUGCAGACUGAGGAUAUUCCUAAAUCCAUUGAAGCCUUCCUGAAGAAGAAGCCAGCUUCGUACUCUAAGCUUUAAAAAUCAGCAUUGACCGAAUUUAAAAUUAACAUUGAUUGAAAGCGAGCUACUAGAUGUCUUGUGCUCAUAAUAACGUCAAGAUUUACACUCCUCUUUUAACAGAAAUCUACUAUUGAGCAGUUUUUUUUUAUUGAAUCAAUAAAGUACGACGCAGUUGCACAGCAU